UGCCCGCGCCGCUGUCUCCCGCUGCCCGGCCAAGCCUCGUCCGACUGCCCCGUCCGGGAUCCAGGCUUCACGAGUCGCUCUCCGCGCACUAUCCACCCGCCCCGGGCUCUGAACCUCGGACGUGCACCUGAGAGCGCGGCCGGAGGUCCAGGCCCGGCGGCGACAUGGGGAAAUUUCAGUCCAAGCACGCUGCAGCAGCCUGCAAGCGGAGAGAGAGCCCCGAAGGGGACAGCUUCGUGGUGUCCGCGUAUGCGAGUGGCCGCAAAGGCGCGGAAGAGACCGAACGGCGCGCAGGAGGCAGCGGCGGCGUGGAACAUCGCGCACGGGACAAGCAGGACCUGCCCAAUGGGGAUCCCAGGGAGGGGCCUUUCUGGGAGGACACAGGCUCUCUAGAAGUUGUGCUGCCCCCUGAGAAGUCUGAAGGCCAUGAGGGCCAGGGGCAGCUCUUCAGCGUGGACGAUGGGGAGAAGGUAGCCACCCAUGAGGGCCUGUUAAGAGCCAGCAAGAAGCACUUGAACAUUGAUGCCCUCCAGUGUGAUGUCUCCGUGGAAGAAGACAACCGUCAGGAGUGGACAUUCACACUGUACGACUUUGACAACAGUGGGAAAGUCACCAGAGAGGACAUGUCCAGCCUAAUGCACACCAUCUAUGAGGUUGUUGACGCCUCUGUCAAUCAUUCCUCGGGCAGCAGCAAGACCCUGCGAGUGAAGCUAACUGUCAGUCCUGAGCCCUCCAACAAGAGGAAGGAAUGUCCUACUGGCCAAGACCGGGAGUCCACUCGUGGCAGAACAGAGAGUGAGCUCACAGAGGACCCCCGAGCGGCUGAUAGAAGGUUGUCUGCCUAUAGCAGGAAGCCCAAUGCUGAUUCCCAGCCCUGCUCUGUGCGAGUACCCUACUGUGUGGAUGAGAACACAGAGCGCAGGAACCACUACCUGGACCUUGCAGGCAUCGAGAACUACACAUCUAAGUUUGGUCCUGGGUCACCACCUGAGCAGGCCAGGCAAGAUCAUCACGGCAGGGCCACACACAUUCCAAGCAGAUCCCGAUCACAGGAGUCGGAUGCCCACGCUGUACACCACCGCAGGUCCCAGGUCCUGGCUGAUCAUGUCGUACUAACUAAUGAGUCUGCUCUCCGGGCCCUGGCUGCACAACCCCGGCUCAAGGGGCAGGAGAAGCAGUUCCUCAGGUCACCCAAGGGUCCAGGAAAACCUCUUGGGGCAACAGGCAGCAGCAAGCCAGGGAAAACGCUCACCUAUUGCCUGCAGGCUGUCCCACUGCCCCAGGGUGCUCAGGAUGGCCACCACCUUCCACAGCCUCCACCACAGCCCCCACCUCAGCCCUAUGGUCACAAGCGGUACCGGCAGAAGGGCAGAGAAGGCCACUCGCCACUCAAGGGACAUGGCCAGCCUACCAUGGUGGAGCAUGAAGUGGUUCGGGACCUGCCUCCCAUGCUGGGGCCUGAGGGCUACAUGGUCCCUGUGAUCCAGAGGCAUGAACACCACCAUCACCAUGAACACCACCACCACCAUCACCACCACCACUUCCACCCAUCCUAGCACCCAAACAAGUACUCUGCCCACAUGCCCUCAGGGACAUAGAGCAGGUGCUGGCAUGUGCCCAGAAGAGAAUACAGCAUUCCCUGGCCCAACACCCAGCUGCAGAUGUCGAGAUGGCACCAGGCUGGAUAUUCAUGGACAGAGCCUUCCUUUCUCCAUGCCACUUGGAUACCAGUACAUUUGAUGCAGCUGAUGGCUCUCAGUAAAAAGUGCUACUGUGUGAUUCAGACAGCCCACACGUGAGGACAGAAAGGCAUCAAGCUCUUACUUUUGCUGCACACCGUGGUCCUGGGAUGUUUGAGAGACUGUACCUAGACACUCUUCAUAUCCUUUGACUUUUGGGUGCCCUGCAUUGUUACUGGCACAAGGCUAGGAGCCAAUGGAGAUGGAAGCGUUCUGUGGGGUUUAUUCAUUAUGAAGUCCGCAGGCUGGGCUUGCCAAGUGGCUCUUCAGUGCACCACGUCCUUAGUUUCCCACAUGAUGUCAAGCAAAGGAAACAAAGAGGUCAGGGUAUCAGCAGAUGUGGAGGGGGCAUGAGUGAGCAGAGGGGCAGGGUGGUGUUCAGCGGGCAGCACGAGGCUUGGUCUCCAGAGCUUCCAGCAUCCCAGGUGGAUGCAGAUAAGACACAGGUUGAAAAGGAUCAGCUACCACGCUGGAGGCCCUCACCUAGGCUGUGCUCAUUCUUGUACCAAAGUGUCCCUUCUACAAGGGCUGCAAGGGUGUGGGAACCUUAACAAGCCAUGGUCUUUUGACUCCACCAGCACAGGAUCCUGUAAAAGCAAUUUUUACCUCUCGUGAGUUUGUACAGGUGGUAUUAUGCCUUCUUAGCAUAUAUGAAAUAGUGCAUUCUGUAACAUGCCAUACCUUGUAUUAAAACAGACUUUUCUGAGCGCUGUGGUCAGUCUACCUAUACCUUGUAGCUACUGGCGAAGAUGACAGGUACGUGUUAUGAAGGCUGAGUGCUGUAGAACCAUCUUGGCUAAUGCUGGUUGAUGUUCACAACUCUAUAGUAAUUCUUCUAAGAUAUAUAUUUGGACUGGUCUAAGGAAAAUCAGAACCCUAAACCCAGAAUUCAGCUCAUGCUAACAGGAACACUGGCACCAUAUCCACUAUGGCCACGGCUUAUGCGGACUGCUGAGAAGCAACACUUUAUCCUCUCUCCUUUAAACACUAAAUUCUAUGGAAUUCCUGGAGAUCUGAGUGUGAUGUCUCCUGUGAGCUGUCCCAUAUGCAUAGGGAGACCUGGGGAUUAUCAGCCCUCAGAAGGCGGCUGCUGCUGGUCACUUCACAGGUAGAAAUCACACACAUGCUCCUGAAUACCAAAAGACUAGUGUGUGCCACCCUUAUGCCAUGGAUGUGGAGAUGGUACACAUCACUCACACGCAGCAGAGGGACUGAGCAGGAAUCAUCAUGGCCACCCAGCUGGUUACUCAGAAUGUAGCAUUCAGGCCGAGAGACAUCACACAGGAUAUUCCUAGUGACACCUUGGGCUAUGGUUCAGCUGAACACCUAGAAGUGGGGAGAUCCUGCCAAGUCAGAACGUUGUUUUAGAAAUUCAGGGCAGGUAGAAGUCCUAAUAAACUCAUGGCAGGGGCCCAGCACCUGCUACUAUGAGAAUGUUAAGCA